UGGAUUGCAAAAGGGUACAGCUGAGACCGGACCGUUGACCUGAAAUAAACCGGCAGACCAUCUUCCAUGUGUGUGUGUACCGAAUAAACUUCUCUUUGAAAGCAGUCUACGACCGAUUUACGCGGAGAGGCGCUCGUUGAUAUUUGCCGUUUGUGUACGUGUUUAAUUUCGAAGUUUCGAUUGUUGAUCGGAAUAUGUCGAGAUCGCUGCCUUAUUCGAUGAAAGAUGUGCAUUACGACAAUGCCAAGUUUCGACAUAGAUCUUUAAAUAAGGUAAUCACUCAGAAUAUUCUUAACAGCAAUUUAAAACAAGAAUGUAUAAAAUGCAGCACAGGAAGGUUUCUUGUCUUAGUAAUGAUUUUUGGUAUAGCCUAUCUCAUGCUGACACACACGAGCCGCAUUCCAUCAUCAUCAGAUGGUGUGUCGAAGAAUAUUGGCACGGAGGAAAAUGGAAGUUUCUUCACUGAUGGGAAAGGCAGAUUUAGAAAAUUUUGGAGGAAGGCACCUCGGCUUCCACCUCGGCUAUCGCCCGAUGAAAUAGCUGCUAGAAAUGCAUCCAUUCAUAUAUCUGACAAGAUAGAUUCCAACUCCGAAUGGAAGGCCAGGCAACAAAAGGUCAAGGAAGCAUUUAUUCAUGCAUGGUCUGGUUAUCGGAACUAUUCAAUGGGCUAUGACGAGCUUAUGCCUAUUAGCCGUAGAGGAAUUGAUGGCUUGGGAGGUCUAGGAGCCACCAUUGUGGAUGCUCUUGAUACUGCUAUGAUUAUGGAACUUGAUCAAGUUGUCCAAGAAGCCGGCACUUGGAUUGAAAAACAUCUCCCAGAGAGGAUUCAGGAGAAGGGGCAGGUAAAUUUAUUUGAAACUACAAUACGCGUUGUAGGUGGUCUUUUGAGUGCUUAUCAUUUAAGUGGGGGUGAACAUGGUGGUAAUGCUUCAACAAAAGGACCUAAGCCAGCUGUCUAUCUUGACAAUGCCAGAAAUUUGGCUGAUCGUCUGCUACUUGCCUUUACAUCCAGUCCGUCUGCUAUUCCCUUCAGUGAUGUUGUUCUCCGUGACCCUUCUGCACAUGCUGCUCCCAAUGGAUUAAGCAGCACUGCCGAAGCUUCAACUCUGCAGCUAGAGUUCAACUACCUAAGUUCUUUGGUUGGUGAUCCAAAGUAUUCUUUGGAGUCUAUGAAAGUGUUGGAACACAUGAAGACUCUGCCAAAGGUCAACGGACUGGUUCCUAUAUACAUGAACCCUCAUACAGGUGACUUUAGCGGGGAGAAUAUAAGACUUGGAUCUCGUGGUGACAGCUACUAUGAAUACCUUAUAAAAGUCUGGCUUCAAAACAAAAAUUUGACUUAUUUGCAAGAUAUGUACAAAGAAUCAAUAAAAGGUGUGAAAGAACUACUUGUUCGGAAAUCUGUGCCCAACGGGUUGGUUUUUGUGGGAGAAUUGCCUAGUGGACGUCAUGGUGCCUUCAGUCCAAAGAUGGAUCACUUGGUUUGCUUUCUUCCUGGCACUCUUGCUCUUGGUGCCACAAAGGGCAUCACAAAAGAAAAGGCUAUGAAAGAGAACUUGCUCACUUUUGAAGAUCUCGAAAAUUUGAAGCUCGCCGAAGAUCUAGCUAAGACAUGUUAUGAGAUUUAUGCUGUAACUUCUACCGGUCUUGCUCCAGAAAUAGUGUACUUCAAUGAGGAGGGGCAUAAUGGAGGUAGUUAUGGUGGUGGAAAUAAGAAAUCAAAAUAUGUGGAUGACAUACUUAUAAAACUUGCUGAUCAUCACAAUCUAUUGCGCCCUGAAGCUGUUGAAUCAAUGUUCAUCUUGUUCCGGAUCACAGAAGAUCCCAAGUAUCGCGAAUGGGGUUGGGAUAUCUUUCAGGCAUUUGAGAAGCACAGUAAGGUUGAAUCUGGAGGCUACACAUCGCUGGAUGAUGUUACUGUGAUUCCUCCACCUGCUAGAGACAAGAUGGAGACCUUUUUUCUGGGUGAAACACUAAAAUACCUGUAUUUAUUAUUUGGCGAGAAGAAUGCCCUUCCACUGGAUAAGUAUGUCUUUAAUACAGAAGCUCAUCCAUUUCCUAUUUUGAGGUAAUGAUGGCAGGAAAUGAUGCUUCCAUUAUGACGGUUUGAGUUGGCUUUCCAAAGUGACUGGAUUUUGUAUUUGGAAGAGAGUAUCCAGGAAGCCAUUGAUGCAUGUUUCAAGUUCAGAAAUUUUAAUGGUGUCCAUGCUUUUGCUCUCUUGAGCUAUUUGUUGUCGAUAUACUUCAAGUGUGUACCUUUUGUUGUACUUAAUUUUAAUGAGGGAACUUUACA